UUUUUUUUUACUCAUCAUGAUGAUGUCGUUGCUGCGGUAAUUUGAAAUAUAUACAGGUAUACAACAUUAUCAUCUAUCUACUUUUAAUAUCAUCUUUCAUUAUAUAUCUAUGAUGAUGUCUUUUAUAAUCGACUGUUUCACUCUGAUUUGUACUUUAAUGACUUUUGCCUACUACCACUCUCAUAUCAUGGAAUUUUAUUGGACCAUCAUUUACAAUGUCCGCCCAGGACUUGAUUUUAAGCAAGAUAGGCGACGACGAUGGAGUUGCCUCUUCUUCCUCCUUCUCCCAACUUGUCACCAACCAUCAGUCCACCCUUCAUCAUAUCCAACUUUGUUAUAAAGACUUCUCCAUUCAUUUAUCGAAAUUAGUUUUAUAUUCUUUUACCGAUAUUUUAUCUCAUCAGUCUCAUGUGUUCAUUACCACCAACCUCAAUGUAUUUUCUACCACUACCCGUUCUUCUUUGAUAUCUACUUUACCAUCUUCAACUCCUAUAUCUUUUUCUAAUCUACAAUUAUACCCUGGAGCUCUUCGUAUAUUGAACACGCCGAAUGCUGGUGGAUCUAGUAUUUGGUCAGAAACCUUAUCUGCCGAAUUACUCUAUCGUCUUAUAGGUGCCACUGUAUUACUGACUGAAAUGGAACUAGUUUAUUGCCGUCGAGGAUCCCCUAUCACUGAUUAUGCCUGUCAAGUCGUUUCUGAUGGUAAAAUUAUUACGUUAGGAGUAUCUGUCACGCGUGCCAUGGCUUAUCGUCGUCCAUUCAAUAAAACCGAUGCUCUGUCUCUACUCACAAAGAAACUCAAAGGAAUCAAUGUAUCCUCUUCCACCGUUGUCAACUGCUCUUUUGAUCGUCAAAUCUUACACGUCUGGUGUCAAAGUGGUCGUGAUGCUGCCAUUGUUAAACGUACCUGGUCCAAACUUCCUAGUCUUUUACGAUCCAAUACUUUGGUUUUAGUCUCCACCAUCAAUUCUUCUCAUUUGUUUUUUGAACCCCAACAUGACAAUAGAAGUAUGUUGAAAGAAAAGAAAAAAGUGAUGCCCUUCAAGAAAUGGUUUUAGUUUAGUGAAUGGUUUGUCAAAAAUAAAAAAAAAAAACUUUAUGUCACCGGUGUUUGAAUCUUUUUUUUUUUUUUUUUG